AUGCUGUCUGAACAUAUACUUCUGAAAGAGGCAUUUUCUGUUAAUUCAAGCUUGAAAUUACAUUUGAGGACACACACUAAUGAAAAACCAUAUUCUUGUGAGUAUUGUAAAAAGGCAUUUUCUCAUGUUUCCAGUUUAAAAACACAUUUGAGGAUACACACUAAUGAAAAACCAUAUACUUGUGAGUAUUGUAAAAAGGCAUUUUCUCAGUUUGUUCAUUUAAAAAUACAUUUGAGGGUACACACUAAUGAAAAACCAUAUUCUUGUGAGCAUUGCAAAAAGGCAUUUUCUUAUAAUUCAAGCUUGAAAUUACAUUUGAGGACACACACUAAUGAAAAACCAUUUUCUUGUGAGUAUUGUAAAAAGACAUUUUCUGAUAGUUCAAGUUUAAAAACACAUUUGAGGAUACACACUAAUGAAAAACCAUAUUCUUGUGAGUUUUGUAAAAAAGCUUUUUCUCAGUUUAGUAAUUUGAAAACACAUUUGAGGAGACACACUAAUGAGAAACCGUAUUCUUGUGAGCAUUGUAAAAAGCCAUUUUCUGAUAGUUCAGCUUUGAAAACACAUUUGAGGAGUCACACAAAGGAAAAACCAUAUUCUUGUAAGUAUUGUAAAAAAGCGUUUUCUUUUAGUUCUGCUUUGAAAAAACAUUUAAUGACACACACAAAUGAAAAACCAUAUACUUGUGAUUAUUGUAAAAAGGCAUUUUCUCAGUUUGUUCAUUUGAAAAUACAUUUGAGGGUACACACUAAUGAAAAACCAUAUUCUUGUGAGCAUUGCAAAAAAACCUUUUCUCAGAUUGGAAAUUUGAAAACACAUUUGAGGAGACACACUAAUGAGAAACCAUAUUCUUGUGAGUAUUGUAAAGAGUUAUUUUCUGAUAGUUCAUCUUUGAAAUCACAUUUAAGGAUACACACUAAUGAAAAACCAUUCUUGUGAGUACUGUAAAAAAGACAGUUUCUCAUAGUGUUUCUUUCAAAAAGCAUUUGAGGAUGCACACUAAUGAAAAACCAUAUUCCUGUGAAUGUUGUAAAAAGACAUUUUCUUCUAUUUCAAAUUUGAAAUCUCAUAUGAAGAGACACACUAAUGAAAAACCAUAUUCUUGUAAUCAGUGUAAUAAGACAUUCUCUCAGAGUUCAAGUUUAAAAUCUCAUUUGAGGACUCACACUAAUGAAAAACCAGACUCCUGUGUGUAUUGUAAAAAGACAU